AUGCUUAUUCGUAUGUUGGAAUCUUUUUGUCCACACAAAGCCAAGAAAAAUUUCAGUUCUCGAGAGAAUCUGUCGUCGUCACCAAGCGAGAUGUCUCCCACAUCGUGCUCGCCGUCCUCAUCCGAUACAAUUCAAUCGGCAAGACGUACGAACAACAACAACACUAGUAGUAAUAAUAACAAUUCGAGCAAUUCAACUGCAAACGCGAAUAAUUUACGUACAAACGGCCACCUACAACAGCAGUCAAGGAGUGCCAAUGGAAACACUGUACAAAACGGUAAUGCUGAUACGGGUAACGAAAACGGUCUGAAUCGACAAACAAGUGGCAACGAAAGUUAUGAGGAUAUCGAGAUUCACAUUUUAAAAAUUGAAAUGAACAAGCAGUUUGCAAAUUCACCAAUCGACGUAACGGGUGUUAGCAGUUUGCUCAGUAAUCAUCCUUUGAAACAAGGUAAGUGCAGCAUUCUGAACGCAACUAACUUCGUUGCUAUCCUGCAAAGAUAA